ACCCAGCAGCCUGCACCUCCCUCCUUGCCGGGUCCUGCUGGGGCAGGAGGAGCUGUCUGCGCCCAUUGCCGCUCCCUUCUGCAGGACUCAUGAGAGGGAUGCAGAGAGUGUGACUGCAGGCACCACGCAUUCACAUGAGAGAAGUGAAGAAAGCCAUCAGUGAAGAUGAAAAGCAACUGGAAAAUUACAGUUUUUGUUUACGUGUGUAGUUUUCUGUGGUCUUUCAUCUCAGCCACCAUUCAGCAACAAUCAAGACUACCAGUCAUUCUGGGUGCCAGCCAGAGAAUUGAUCUCUGCCCAACAAUCAGGAUUGGCCAAGAUGACUUACCAGGCUUUGACCUGAUUUCUCAGUUCCAAAUAGAAAAAGCUGCUUCCCAAGGAAUUAUCCAGAGAGUAGUGGGCUCCACUUCUCUACAAGUGGCUUAUAAAUUGGGACCCAAUGUAGACUUCAGGAUCCCAACCAG